UGACAUUGCAUAACUGACCAUAUUUAGAUGUACUUGAAACGUAUUAUGAAUUGUCGCGUUAAAAACGAUGAUUUUGUGAUUUAUAGAUGUGUAUGCUAACUUUUAUAAUAUACAGUGGAAAGUCGAUAAGUGGGAUUAAUCUGGACCGCGUGCGAUCUGGGCUAUCCAAAAAUCCGGGAUAGCCGGAGAGUGUGAUGGUGAUUUCAUGGAAUAUUGGUUUUGGACUUCAGGAACCCAACUGAACAAUAGAUGGGUAUCGACGAGUACUGGGCGCCCGAUCGAAUACUAUAACUGGAUACCCUACCAACCAGACAAUAUAGGAAACACGGAAAGCUGCACAGAAAUGAGAUAUAACGAGUACACCGGUUUGUGCUGGAACGCUAGGAAUGGACUUGAUUGCGGUGUACAUGCUCUGUAUGAAGCAGAAAUUAAACCCGUUACACCGGUUACCCGUUACAUCGGGAAACACCGUUAUAUCACACCUGUUAUACUUGAUACCACACCUAUUGUACGGAAUACGACACCUGUUAUACUGACUACCACACCUGUUGUACGGGAUACCACACCCAUUAUACAGACCACCACACUAGUUAGACAGGAUACCACACCUGAUGUACAGGAUACCACAACUGAUAUAUGGGAUACCAUGUCGGAUAUAUGGGAUAACACAACCGAAGAAAUUUAUGAUUAUUGAUUAAAUCUCUAGAUUACAAUACAAUGAAAACAAAUGGUCUUUAUUUUCAUCCUAAUAUGAUUGUCAUUCAAUACUUUACAAAUAUAUAAUUAUUACCGA